AUGAAUAACAGCGGCAUUGACGCGCAUAACGCACACGUUCGCAUCCUCCCCGCAUUUGGCGUCGUCAUUCCGGCCCCCGAUGACCCCGGCGCGAGAGGACGAAUGGUCGCGGCGGUUCCCCCUCCGUCGUCACACCAGGCAUCAAACCCUAACUCUAAUCCUAACAGCCCGAAUCUGCCUCCUUACGCGCUGGACGACAUACCUCGUUCGUACGUGUGUCCUGUCGGACCAGAGAUUCUUUCCGUUUUGAGUCUUCUUCUUUGCGGUCGCCUGCUGGAUGCUCUUGAAACGGAGGCGCGAGCUGGACAGGAAGAAUUUUUCGACGUCGAUCGACAAUGUUUCACGGUCAUUGUGUAUGCCCCGACAAAUGGCCAUACAUUAAAGGCAAAAGUAUGGCCGACAGGUUCUGGUGUUGGGGAUGAGAUACCACUCGCAACCGCAUGGUUCGAUGGCCACAAGAUACGGGACUUUCCUGCGUUUGGCCCUGGUCGUGUGGAUGCCUGGAAAUCACUGUUACGAAAGCUUGUGGCUGGAGAUGUUGACACUGGGAAGGAAAAAAAGAUAACGGAAGAAGACGAUAUGCACCCCACAUGCAAGCCCGAUGCUAUGCAAGUCGAAUCCCCGCAUCAAAAGCGACCAACACAUCUGAGCGUCGCCAGAGCUGUGGGACCGGGUAUGGCGGAUGUGCCACCAGCAGCAGGCUCUGCCUUAAAACGGCAAUUUCCCUUUUCACAGCCUGAAGUCGAGAACGCCAAUCAAUUUCAUUUCAACUCGUGA